AUGCUGGACUUCAACAGUUACUACGCUUACCACACAAAUAAUCUUAGCUUUACGGAUGAUGUCGAACAGGACGAUGGGGAUGACAACGAUGCGGAGAAGGUGAAGGUGAUGCCAAAAAGAAGCGCACGGAAUGGCAAUGAUAUUAUUAGUGCUAGUCUUAGCCAUAGUUUAAGUCUCGGCUCGGUCAACGAGAAAUGCUUACAUAGGAAUCCAACAACAACAACAACAACAACAACUGCUGCCGAGGACAAUAACUGCACCCUAAGGAUCAGCAGCUGUAAGCCGCUAAAGUUCCCGUUGGCCAGUGAGUGGUUGGUUUGA